AUGUCCACUCCUGUCUCCUACGUGAAAAACGGCGGCAAACAAAACCGCGAGCCAGACAUCGGCGAGGAAUACAAUAAUCACCGGCGACGGAGACGGCUUCAAUGGGCCUUAAGCAUCUCCUUGUACCUCAGAAUCGAAUCGAGUCUCUGUAAUUUCAGCUGCUGUUUGAAUUUGUUGAUGAAAUCUGAAGCUUUCGCGUCGACGCCAUCUUCGCCGUCGCCGAAAGACGUCGAUCUUUCGACUCUCGUUGUAUCUGGUCUUCUCCGUUCGAGGGAUUCCACCGUCUCCGGCGCUUCCGCAUGGCUUCCUGCGAAACCAAAACCUGAUUUCUCGCUAGCCGAUUUUGUCAUCUUCGUUAAAGCUUUCUUCUUCUUCUUCACCGGUUUUUUCGAUUCCGAUUUGCUUCGUACAUGCUUGUGCUCCUCGUGA